AUGCUGCUCACAACCACGGCUGCCUCUGCUGUACGGCUCUUCGUUGUCUUUCUGGCCUCGCCAGCAGCUGGCGCAUUUCUCCAGUGGUCGCUGUGCGACGACAGUCAUGGCAGCGGGAUCAUUCCUUUCUAUCUGAAUGCGUGGCUCGAAAGCCCCGGCGAGAAUGCCCCGACAUCGCGGCUGGCGAUCAGCCUGGUCCGGCACCAGAGCGGUAUCACCUGCCGCGACACUCCGGCUUCGGCUGCCGUCGACAACGGCGCCUGGCCCGAGGCGACGGUACAGCUCGACUGGACCGCGUUGAGCGGACACGAGACCUUCUCGCACACGACCAGAGCACGGCUCGACUGCGACGACUUCAUUGGCGACCACAGACCCGUCUGGUUGCCCUUGAAUUCGAGCCGCGUGAGCAUGACGCUCCUCGCAGGCGACGACAUUGGCGAGCUCCCCGCGUUGUCGACCAUUCGACUGCAAGCGCACCUGAACACGACCGUCUUUGACGACGCGACAUGCAUCUCGUCGCUGCUGACGCCUGCCAUCUCGCCGGGUCUGCGCUACGGGCCUCUAUCCGUCUUCAUUUUCGUCUUCCUCGUCUCAGUCUUGCGGAGCGUGGCCGCGGCAUCAGAGCCGCAACCCGAGCACAAAAGCGAAGUCUCGGUCAGCAACAUGCCUGUCGCUGCGCCUGCCCUCCUUCCUCUGACCGCCAACUGCCUACACUUCCUGCAAUUCAUCUUCCUGACGGGCGGUCUGAGCCUGGCCUUUCCAGGCUUCUACCCUGCCGUAGUAGGGCAACUCAACUGGUUCGCCCUCUUCGCCAACCUGGCCCUCCCCCUCAAAAGUUUCUACGGUCUACCGGCUUCUUUCCCGCCAAGGAUGGUGACCACGUAUCCCGGCGUGAGCGACGGCCUCUACGAGGUCAACGGCACCUACGGCGGCUACCCGGGCUUCGAGGUCAUAUCCCAGAUAGUCGGCUCGCCCAUGACGUGCGACACAUGGCUGCUGAUGGUGCUCCUCACAGCGUGCAUCGCCACAGCCCUCGGCUUGUUCCUGUGGUUGCUCGAGACCGUGAGGCCACGGAACGUCUUGGGGCUGCCGUUGUUGGCUCCCGGUGCCGGCACCGGUAAACGCGCGCUUGCUGUGCGCGUCGGGAACGGUGUCCUCAGACUGGUCCUGUCAUACAUCAUUCUGCCGCUCAUCGCACUGUCGACCUACCAGUUGACCUUUUCUGAGAGCCUAGGUGCGGCUCACAUGGCGCUAGCCAUUGUGGUCCUCCUCAUUAUCAUCGUGGCCUUCAUCUGGCUCGCGGUGCGCGUGCCUGCGGCCACUCUAGGUGCGAUGGUCUUCCAUCGGAGGCACCGAUACCAGCGCGUCUGGGGAGACGAAGCAGCUGGCGGCGGCGAGUAUGCCGAGGAGAGGGCGCAGGCCCGGCGCGAUGAUAUCUUCGUCAUGACCCUGUUUGUGCUCGACAUGAUCCGGGGCCUGACCAUUGGCGGACUCCAGCAGUGGGGUGUGGUGCAGCUCGCUGUUCUCAUGGCCUGCGAGGUCUUUAUGCUGAUGGCUGUUCGGAUCUUGAGACCCUUUCCGCCGACAUCGAGCAGCUUCGCGGUUAUCCCGCUCCGGCUGAUCAUCCUGGCGUGUUUUGUGCCCUCCACCUUCCGCCCGUCCAAGCUGCUCAACGUGAAGAGCAUUGCUUGUUAUGCGGCGCUGUUGCUAUACGCCGUGGGGCUGAUUGGGCUGUUCUUCAUACCGUCUUGUUGGCAUUUGUACCGGCUUAUCCGUGAGAGAUUGCGUCUGUUGACAGGCAAGGACGUGGAUGCACCCGUGAUCGGCCUACGCCAACUUCAGCGUCGCGACGCAUCCGCUUCGCCGCCAUCCCACGACUAUCAUUCCAUGCUCCGCACGUCACCACCGCUUGACGGGAAAUACUCUCUUUCGCGUGACUACGAGCCUAGCGGCAACAUAUGGGAUCCUCGUCACGAUGCGUGGCCAACUCGGAGACUCGACCGAUCUCACGACUCACAGACCUCUCGCUUCUACCGCUCCCCGAGAUCCCCUACGCCCGCAGCCCCCGGCGAGGCGUCCCGCUUCUUCAACAACUCUGCCCUCGGCUCCAGGGCGUCAUCCCGCUCCCCUUUUACGCCGUCAGCGUCGCCGCCAGCCAGCUCGGAUGGGUCCGUAGACUCCGGAUCGGCGUCUGCCUUGUCCGACGUGGACCUGCGAAACUCAUCGACUUGGGCCGGCAAAGACGGCGCAAGGUCUGUUGUGUCUGUGGCGAGCGAGGCCGACAGCACGAUGCCCCUCGGCCCGAGGUGGAACGACUACUCCUUCCGGGAAGCAGACCUGUUUUACACCGCGCCGCCACCCCGCGGGACACCAAGCACCGAAUCGUCACCGCCGGCUUCAGUGCCGUCGUCCUCCAAGGCGCAGCAGAAGAUGCCUUGGGAAUGGAAUCUAGUUAAGGGGUGGAGCUUGACGGGAAGGAAAUCAACUCCGCCGGCGGAGAAGGGGUUCUCCGUUGUGCGGCCCAACAGGGCUCCGCAUCCGCAGCACGGCCUGGCGCCUGCUGCGAGACCUGGUGCAGUGGAAGAAGAUACCCAAUCGUAG